UCUAAAAUCGUAGUAGUAACAGAUUUAUGCUUGUCAAUUAAUUUUUACUCGUUGUAAUUGUUAAAAAUUAUUAUGUAGCCAGGAAAAAUUUCCACAGAGCCUGCGAUCAAAUCCUUGCUGACUGACUCCUUGAAUAUCCCGAAAAAUGGGCAAGAAAGGCAAGAAGGGCAAGGCAAAAAAGGGCAAAAGCGUUUUAAAACCCACGGCUACAGUAGUGCCUGAAAUACCGCCAGAACCAGUAUUUGCCAAGAAUGUGCCAUAUUUUUCCUUCGAUCUCAUCAUAACGCGACUGGAGGUCAAGGGCGUGGCUUUCGCAGACCCCCGGAAACUACUGGUGAAGGUCAAGUUUGGGGGCAAGGACCUGAGCCUCACCGCCAGCAAAGCCAAUGUAAGCGAGUUCAAGCCCAAUGCCAGCAUUGUUUUCCAGGCGGAGCCACCGAAUCUUGCCCAGAAAGUCGAAGAAGAUGGCCUGAACUUCGAGGUGAUAUACGACAGCCUAGUGGUUGGCUUGGGCAAGACGAUUCUUCCCCAGAAACUAACCAGCAGGAUAAAACUGGACAUGAAGGCGUUCUCCUACACGAGCAUUUGUAACCUGGAAAUGGAGGGAAAACCCGUGGGUGGUCUGGAGUUCCUGUGCAAGCUCUUCAUCAGAUGUGGCGAUUAUGCCAGUCUUAAUCAACCAGGGAGGGCGAAACCUGCCCCAACUUGGACAGGAAUAUUAGCCCAAAGGACAUUGUGUUUGUGGUAGGUAAAUCGCAGGCAAAUACCAGCAGCUGUGAUCCUUGCCGAGACGUUUUGGCCAAAGAGGCGAGGAAGGAGAAGGACUACAGUAUUCAAAGAAGGGGAUAAUUUGUAAUGGUUAUCUUAGUAGUAUAAAAAAUAUUACAAAACUAUUAAGUAAAUCAACAAAUAUUUUCAUAUUUGCCAUUUAAGGAAAUUCUUAAACCCCUGCCGAGAUGUUUUGACUAAGAAGGCGAGGAAGAAGAAGGAUAAGGUAUUCAAGGAAGUACAAUUUUAGAUGAUUAUUUAACAAAAGUGGAAUAAAAAAUAUUACGAAAUUCUCAAGCACUUCAACAAUUUAAGUGAAAUUUUGUAAUCGAUAAUAUUUACUUGCAUCCCAGACCAAACUUGGCCAUUUAAGUUUGUAAAAUAUAUUUAUGCCAUAUUAAUCCACA